GAGGAACACCAAAACACAACAACCACGGCAAAGACUCCGCAGACAAGAGUAUAUAUCAGAUCUAAUUAUCAUAUCCACUGCUACGGUGCACACGAAACUUCUCUCCUCAUAUCUCCUCCGCUUCGCCAAACCAAAAGAUAUGGCCAUCCAGGUUUCCGGCCUGCUGUCAUCUGCUUACUGAACCCCCGUCAUCCGCCAUCUCACCCGCACGCUUUCUCCCACGAUCAUAAGCUUUCCCUAGAACCACACAACUAUAGAGUGGAGUACGCACAUCCACGGGAAUUUUGUUAUUCUGCACAUUAAUUCCACACAAUUAAGCUACUGCCAUGCUGCGGAUACGUUACCCAUUCGCUGGCGCAUUUGUUGUCCUCUGCCUCCUAUCCGCUUACGUCGGCCUCCUUCCAAAUAGCGACAAUGCGACUCCAGGCGGAGAUGACAAGAAUAAAUCACCCACCUCCACCCGUCCUUCUCUCCAACCCAAUGACAAAGUCCUCCACCUCGUAACCUUCUUCUUCCUCUCCCUCACAUUCUACUGGGUCCUGGAUACCACACGCCGACGCACCCUCCACCUGACCAUCAUGGUCUGCACAAUGGGUCUCGGAAUCGGUUCGGAAGUCCUGCAAGCCCUCCUCCCCAACGGCCGUUCUUUCGACCCCUUCGAUGUCCUCGCAAAUAUCGUCGGCAGCCUAGGCGCUGUCGGCUUAUGUACAUGGUACCACAAACGGAUGCUGGAACGGCGGCGCAAGGCACGCUUUGGCACGGGGUUGGACGAAGCAGGCGAUGAUGUUGAGCUGGGAGGCGUUGGUGUAGAGAACGGGGAUCAUAGUGGACUUGGUCCGCAGGAAACAGGUGUCACGAGGGCGCCACGGACGCUGGAGCAGGAGGUGGACAAUUGGGAUGAGAAUGCGGUGGAUAAUUGGGAGGAAGGGGAUGACGAUUUCCAGACGAGGACGAGCGCGGAAGGUGAUGGGCAACGGACUCCCCCGAGUAGUUCGGGGAAUGAUGAUAUUGAGGAGGCCCGGAAGAUACGUCCUGAUUGAUCAAUUGAUUGAUUGCUCCAUUUUCGACUUCUAUCUUUUUUCGUUUCGUUUGAUUUGAUGGGCUAGCGAAUAGAUAAUUGAUUGGGUUUUUGGCUGGAUAAAAUAUCUAUUUUUUUUGUUUUAGUACGACAGGAAGGAAAGCAAGCGACAGCUUACAGGUACGCAAGGGCAAAAAAGAAUUGCAAGCGGGAAAUAUACUCCAGCGGGUAGCGGGUUCAUAUAUUGCUUCUCGACUUUAUUUUUAUUUUUAUUUUUAUUUCUAUUUAUUUUUAUUAUUUUUGGUUUUCGCUCCAUCUUGAUUGCAAUUUAUGACAAACUGUAUACAACUUUCUAAAACACAUGUAGCGCAUAACGGCACAUGUUUACGGAUUAUUUUUUGCUCCGCUUUCACCUAAAGUCCGAUCGAGGGUAGCAUCUUAAGAAUACAGUAAGUGGGCGCUUGCUGUCCAGGCAAUAUACUACUAAAUAUACCUGUGAGAAUGACCUCCCACCGUUCCCGUUAUGAAUGCAAUCUAGUAUAUAUAAUAUGUUCAAGGCCGUGUUUCGUUUCAGUUAUAAUCGUUUUGCCUUUUGUCUCAACAUUUCAAGAUGUUACAAUAUUGUAACUACUUAGCUUGA